UCUCUGGGGAAACUCAGUCCACAAUUGAUUGCUCCAAAACAAUACAAGACUUUUGCGUUCCUUGGACUGUUCAAACGAAAUAGAAACAAUGUCAGGUCCCCAGUGCUGCUCCAACCCGCCAACACUAGAUCCUAGCGCCGGCUCUGGCCAUGUUGAACAGCUCGGUGGCUUAACAACCUACGUUUCUAGUUCCUCCGAUUCCAAGCUUGCCAUUAUUCUCCUCUCCGACAUAUUUGGCUAUGAAGCUCCAAAAUUGAGGAGGCUCGCAGACAAGGUUGCAGCAGCUGGAUUUUAUGUGGUGGUCCCUGAUUUUCUACAUGGAAAUCCCUUUUCGUUCGAAAAUGCUGAUCGGCCUCUACCAGUUUGGAUUAAGGAUCAUGGAACGGAUAAGGGAUUUGAGGAAGCAAAGCCAGUAAUUGAGGCUGUAAAAAGUAAAGGUGUUUCUGCAGUUGGGGCUGCAGGUUUUUGCUGGGGUGCUAAGGUCGUGGUUCAACUUGCCAAGUAUGAACUUAUUCAAGCUGCUGUGAUAUUACAUCCUUAUAUUGUCACUCUGGAUGAUAUCAAGGGUAUGGAUUCCAAUGUUAACCAAAUUAGCAAAUGUGUCAUAUAUAUUUUGAUGGUCAUUGUUUGGAAUUCAUUAAUUUCAGCUGUAAAGGUUCCAAUUGCGGUACUAGGAGCUGAGAUUGACGAACUGGCUCCACCAGAACUCCUGAAACAGUUUGAACAGGUCUUAAGUACCAAACCUGAGGUGGAUAGCUAUGUUAAGAUAUUUCCGAAAGUCAUACAUGGUUGGACAACCAGGUACGAUGAUGAAGAUGACGGCGCCGUGAAGUCUGCUGAGGAGGCCCAUCAGGACCUGUUACAAUGGUUUGUUAAGUAUGUCAAGUGAUCAAUUUCCAGGUCAGGUGAUCAGAUAUAUAUUCGCUUGUUUGUUACGUACGUAGUCUUGGUUUGAUAUGAAUAAGUACGGCAUGCAUGCAUGCCAUAUUAAUAUUAUUGGAGCCAAUCAAAUGCUUAAUUGCUUUUUCAGACUA